AUGACAAAAACACACUCUCCUCCCACUGUGGUUUUAUCUGAUGAAGAUAAACAGCAUAUUCUAGACCUUAGCAAAGACGACGGUGAUGAAUACGGUAAGUUCAUCAAAAGCAUUAUCGAUGAAUUUAAGCCACUAAAUCCAAAUCGGAAACUUAGUGGCACUCGAGAAUCUAAGACACUUGAAGACAUCGAGGACAAAAUCAAAUCAUGUCUUGGGGUAGAAAGCAUUGUUACUGAAGUGAUUGAUGACAACCUUGGUAAAGUUUCUGUUGUAGAAACCUUAAUUGAAGGUAACAUCAGUUCAGCUGAAAAGUUUUUCCAAGUAAAGUUAACUUAUGAGCAAUACGAUUUGCACAUUUUGAUACACAAAAGUAGUUUGUACUUGGUCGGAUACAGAAGGGAAUAUAAACCGAAGAAGGAAGAAGCUACUGUGAAUAAAGAUGAUAAGGGGAAGAUAGAUGACAAUGCUGAAUCCAAUGAUGAUGAGACGGAGAUAGAUGACAAUGCUGAAUGCUGGAUUAUUCUAAGCGAGGAGAAAGAUGUUAAGACGACUGCUGCAGCUGUUGAGUAUCUUAAGCAAUUCCAAACUUCCUACGAGCUAAAAAAAGUUAAAUUGGGUCCAUCAUAUCAGUCAUUGAUUAGCGCAUUUGUUUCAGACUUUGAAACAAAGAAGCAAAAGGUGCUGGUCACAAACCUGUACAAUAAAUUAACAAAUAGGAUGAAAGUUUUAAUAAACGGAGUGGAGAAAACAGAGUACGCUGUUCAAAUACUAGAGACAGUGAAGCAGACGAUGGAAACAGGUAGGGGAAAGGAAGAGACUUACGAACCCGAACUUGAUGAGCAGUUGAAAAGAGCGGACCACUUGAUAUAUUGGCUGGCCAAAAAUAGGUAUUCCUGGAAGGCGAGUGAGCCUGCGGAUGCUGAAACCGACGAGUUUAAAAAAUUUUGGGGAGAGAGAUUAGGAAAUCUGAGUAAGAUAUCAGACAGCAUUGCCAUGAAAAAGCUUAUGAUAAUGCUGGAAGUAAAACAUAAGGUUUUUUUGGGCCAAGGGCAGCACGGAACAGAUGCGGAAACACAAGAAAGUGAAUUCCAUCAAUGGCUCAAAAAUUGGAACAACGAGAUCCGAAGAGCAGUCAAAAUCUUUGAUUCCAUUGAUUACAAAAUAACAGUUACAUUGAAAACGGGAGAUAAACCCAAAGAUAUACCGGAAAGGAAGGCUGAACAAGAAAAAAAGCUGAAAGAGAAAGCAAACGCAAAAACAGAAGCACAGCUAAAAGAUGAACUCCUCCAAAGGAUUGAGCUGAUUAAAUUACUUGAAAAAGAAAUUCCCGAGGAAGAUGAAUCUACCAGAGGGUUGAAAAAGGGACUUGCGGGAAACUUGAAAGAGAAAUGUUGUCAGCUGCAGCAAAUGAAUGGGAAGAUUGAAGAGCUGAAAAUGGAAAUUGAAAAAUUAGAUAAGGGCAUUAUAAGUUUAUAUAGUGCAGUGACGGUGGCUGAGGAUCUGUAUCAGUUCUGUGACGACCUGAACAAAAUAUCCACAACCUUGGGGGAGCUGCUUCAGCAUUUUGGAACUGGUGCCACCUACAGUGUUGCCAACGAAGAGAUUAAAAAAAUUGAUGUGAACAGACAAGCCUUAAUCGACGCAUUUGAGCAUCUCACUCAGUACCCAUUUGAUGAGGAUGAUCAUAAAGAUUUGGCUAAACAUAUUACACAUUUAGUGGUGAUGAUAUGUGAAGCUACGAGAUUUAUACCAAUUGCAGAUCACAUUAAGAAGUGCUACACAAGUACAUCAAACACUAAAUUGAGUGAUGAUGACGUUGCUCUGAUAAAUAUGUGGAGUAAUUUAUCAGGCAUCAUCAAACGUGGGUGGACUUACAAGGGUGAAAGAGAAUCGAGGUUGGCAAAACUUGUGAAAUGUGUUGCAGUCAUGAAAGCACAUAAUUCAUUCGAAGAGUGAAAGGAGCAAAUAACAUACAGUAAGAAACAGUAAGCUGAUUGGUGUAUUUGCUGCAGGAGACGAGAAAGUCCGUGUCAUUUCACAAAAAUAUUUCGUCCACAGACCAUCUUCUCUUCUUCCUCUGUGUGUUGCCUUUUAAUAUUUUCUCUAUGGACUACUUGUCUGGAAAUUAAGUAAAGCUUGCAUCCAGAAGAAUCUCGUACAAUUUUUAAUUCGGUGUGGAAUAGUAGAAUUGUGUUCUGAGUUGAUUUGUGCAUGUCUUUGUUUGGGAUUAUGUUUUGUGCGUGUCUUCAUUUGGGAUUGGAUUGGAAUUGUCUAUUUUUUCAUUGUAUGUUCGUAUUUUGUUUGUUUAGCUCAUGCAGCAAAUCAAUGUUGUUUCCAUUUUAUAUUGUUGCAGUUUUUCAAGACUCUGUGUGGAUUGUGCAAACUAGCGUUAGCCUCAGACUCUAAAAUU